CAUAAAAUCUAAUCCUCUCUCUCUCUCUCUCUAGCCACCUUUUCCGAUAACAGUAGUUUCGAAUCAUCGAUCUCAAAAACCCUAAUCCCCUCUAUCACCAUCUUCAACCACCGUUCCGAUAACAGUAGCUUCGAAUCACCGAUAUCCCAAACCCUAUUCUCCUCUCUCACCGUCUUUUUCUACUCUCUACACAUGUACGCUUGUGCAAUUGGAGAAAAUCAACAAGCUCAAGGCUAAUCGAGUGGAUAAUGAUGAAUUUGCAGUUGAUUCUGAGGAUGAAGAGCUUGAAUCUAUCACUUGAUUGUGCAAGAUAUAACUAUCGCAUGAACUUUGCGUGCAAACACCAACACACCCUCACUUUUUAUUCUCUUCACAUGGACGCUAAUGCAAUUGGGGAUUUUAUCAACAAGCUCAAGGAUAUUCGAAUUGAGAAUGCUGCAUUUGCAGAUGAUUCCGAUGAUCAAGAUCUUGAACCUAUCACUUGAUUAUGUAAGGCUUUGCUUGACCCCAAAAAAUUUCAUCCAGGAAGUCUUCUAUGAGUGAUUUUGUGGAGACCCUUUGGAUUUUGUGCUUCGGGUUUAUGCACCGAUUUUUGAGAUGGAAAGCACAUUUCACCAGAUGCUAUUUGUUUUACAUGUGGCCUUCCUUGACAUAUCUUCUCAGAGAUCAACACGAGCAGUGGAAUCCCCCAAUCUAAAGAAACCAUGCUGAAGACAUUUGAUCAGCGUGUUAACACGACCCACUCAGCCUUCUUACUUGUGCAAAAUGAUGAAGAAGUGGUUUAUACAUUCCCAGGCUCUUCUUGGAAUGCUGUUAGUUCAGCUUUUUGCAACUGGGAUGCAAAUUCUAUCAAGGGUGAUCUUGAUUCAAGGAGCAUAUAUUUUUUCCUUGAUUAUGUAUCGGCACAUUGUUGGGGCAAUUUGUGUUGCCCCGUUCGCAAUCUAUUUUGAAAGAGGACAAGCAAAGAAGUUCAAUUGGAGAGUUUGUUUCUGGGUUUUUGCUAAUGCAUUAGCAGGGAUGACAUUGUCUCUAGCAUUAUUUUAUUAUGGUGUUCGUGACACAUCGGCCACUUAUGCUGUCAAUUUUCUUAACUUGAUACCUAUUUCUACAUUCCUGGCCUCCAUCAUAUUCAGGAUGGAAAGUCUUAGAAUUGGAACAUGGGGUGGUAGAGCAAAGGGUCUCGGGACGCUUAUUUGCGUGGCUGGAGCUAUAAUUACUAGUCUAUAUAAAGGGAAGGUGUUUUAUAUUGGUCAUCAUAGUAACCAUGCUCAGAUGAUCAUUGUGGCAGCACCCCAAAUUAACAUGCUUCGCGGAACUUUCUUUUUGGUUGGAUCUUGUUGUUCAUACACUACAUGGUUUAUUAUGCAAGUUAAGUUGGCUGAAGUAUUUCCUUUGAGAUAUUGGAGAACAUUUUUGUCAUGCGUUAUGGCAGCACUUCAGUCCGCGGUUAUAGGCGCUUGCUUUAAUUAUAGUAAAGAAGCUUGGAGAUUAGAGUGGAAUCUCCAGCUCAUUACUAUAAUUUACUCGGGAGCAUUGGCAACUGCCGCCACAUUUUGUCUAAUAUCCUGGGCAGUUACUAUCAAAGGUCCUACAUACCCAUCCAUGUUCAAUCCGCUUGCCCUUGUUUUUGUUGCCUUAUCAGAGGCUAUCUUGCUGGGUGAACCACUGCAUGUUGGACAGUUGUUGGGCAUGGUUUUAAUCAUACUGGGGAUAUAUUCUUUUCUGUGGGGUAAGAAGAAUGAGAUGCAUUUACCUCAGGAGAUAAGUGCAGCAGCAGGACCAAGUUAUUCACCGGAUGAAAGUGUACUUGAAAUUGAUAUCUGAUAGAUAUUAUUACUCUUUUUGAUGUUAUAUACAAGUUUCAACCUUACCCAUGGAAGGGAUGCGUUUUGACAUCUAUACUAUCUUAUUAGUCUUUCUAGUAGGUCAUUUUCUUGUUCAAAUUAUUUUAGAUGGUCACUUUUAGAAUACUUUAACCUAUUUGAAGGAUCAUUCAAUAAACUUUAGAAUAAUUCAAAAUAAACUAUUGGAAGGUUAAAUAUCUCCGUACCUAAGUACAAACUUGCUUGAACAUACUGUACCUUAUGAGUUAUGAUUGUCUGAUUA